GUCACUUUUUUUUUCUUCUUCUCCACAGUCAGAUCCCCAAUUCUCCUCUUCCCAAAUUCUUCUUUUUCCUUCCUCAAAUUCUCGAAUUCCCUUCCUCUUCUCCACGCCCUCGCGCACAGCUCCCGACAACCGUCGUCGGCGGCCAGAGGUGGCGGCCUGAACAGGAAAAAAUUGGAGGGGAGCAGAACCCGGCGGCGGCUCGGCGAAUCGGCGACGUGCGGCAGCCGCUAGGCUCGGAUUGCGCGUGGUGCGGUGACGGAUUGACUUCACGAGAACCGUUGUGCUUUGGCGGCGAUUCAAAGGUACGACUCAGCGGGUGGUCGAACCUGUCGUGGCUGGCCGUCGGGAAAAUCAAACAGAUCCGAUGGAAUGGAAAAGCAAGCAAAUGGAGAAGAAAUGGAGAACAAAUAUAUACAUAGCAUGUACACACACUCAAAAUUUGGAGGUGAAUUGGUGGAGAAGAAAUUGCCGAUGGAAUGGAGAAGGCGUAUGGCGACGAGAACAGGUCGCCAAGCUCUCCUCAACAACCGCUGCCGCAAAGUCGCCGACAGCGGCCGCAUCGACCGUCCACCGCCUCGCCGGAGGUCACCGCCGCCGCCUGUCGGCAGCGAAAAUCGCCUCCCACUCUCCGACACUCCUUCCCCCAAAUCCGGCGGCGAGGAUACGAACAAAUCCCUCAGCUUGUGGCCGACUGACAACUCCUUACCCCUCUCCGGCGACCUCACCCCAUCGAAGCUCCGCCUCCGAUCCGGCGAGCCGCCGUCGCAUCUCGGCGGAAGCCUUCUUCCGGCGCCUCCUCCUGCGCGGCCGAGCAGCAUCCUGAGGAUGGAUCACGGGGCUGGUGGUCGGGCUUCUGGUUGGGCUGCCAGCGACUGCGCACUGAGUGGCCAGCAGCUUAAAUUUGUGAAGAGUGGCCAUUUUGUCUACUUUAUAGUUAUAUUCAGUAAGACAGAUGGAAUUGGGUUAAAUAGUUUUGGAGGAAAAAUAGACUAG